AACGUUGACGUCGCGGUUGAAAAUCAAAAGCUCAAAUACAGUGCGCACACACUAAGUUCAACGCACAACACUCACAUUGAACCAGCAAGUGAGUGUGUGCGAGUGUUUCCUCCACAAAUGUGUCUGUGUGUGCGUGUGCAGACCUGAAGUGAAUAAGAAAUUGGAAAAGCGCUAAAACGAACGGUCAAAACGCCAAGCGAGCCAACAAACGUGGUCUUUAACAGCAACAACAACAACAGCAACAAGAAAUUAUAAUCCGAAAUUAUUUUAACUUAUUGCGCGUACCAAUAAAAAAAAGCGCGAAUAUUUUUUUGGCUUUGCAGAGAGUUUGGCUGCAAUUGUAAAAGCGCAAAACGUUGAAACUAACAAAUUCGUAACUAUAAUAUCGUAUGCGUACUAUAAUAAUAUUUAUUAAAACAUUCAAUUGUGUGUGCCAUUGACCAGGAAAUAAAUCUGUUUCGCAUAUCAAAGGAGAGUCAGUUUAUUGAAAAUUUGUGAAUUCAACAAUAAAAACAACAACUGAAAUCGCUCAGCAGCAACAGCAGCAGCAGCAAUAUAUAGAGGACGAUGCAUCGAACCACAGACAACAGUCAGCAUCCGAACUGGCAUGUCCAGCUGCCGAGCAUUUCUAAUCAACAGCAAGAUGGCCAACACACACAGCUUCAGAUGUCUAGCAAAAAAUGCAAUAACAAGCGUCGACGACGAAGGGGUGGCGGAGGGGGCAGCACCGUUAACUUUGUUGGCCAUUUUGCCAACGCUUGGAGUGUCAGUUUGGCCAUUUUGAUUUGCAUAGCACAGACAACAACAACAGCGAAUGCCGUUCCCACGGACAGCAGCAUUCUCGCCUCGCUGCCGACAGUCACGGCCAUGCCAAAGGAUGCAACAGUCCUGUUGUCCAGCAGCACGGAAUCGCUGCCGGAGCAGCAGCAACCGCCCCAAGGCCAAUGCCUGCUGGAUGGCAUUUGGGUGCCGGAGACGACGGUGCAUUGCGAGAAGCAAGCAAGCUGCCGUGCCAUACAGAGAACAGGACACUGUUGUCCUGAUUAUAAAUGCGAUUGCGAAAAGGAUGGCAAAACUUAUGCGAACGGUUAUAAAUUGGUUGAUCCGGACACGCCGUGCACCGUGUGCUAUUGCAAAGGUGGCGAGAUUGUUUGCAGCUCUGUGACGUGUUUCCGUCGCGACGAUUGUAUGCCCAAGUAUGUGGCUGGUCGCUGCUGCCCCGAAUACGAUAAUUGUCCAAUACUGGACAACAAUCCGCCAUUGGCGCUGGAUGCGAGCAGCACAACAACAAGCACCGCCAAGCCUUCGGCUGUGGCGCCACCAGCGGGGUUCAAUUGGAACAUCACCAUCAAGGAGAUUACGAAGCCGACCGAAAUACGCAUAACGGAUGAGAACAAGUCGAAGCCGGCUAUACCGAUGCGUAAGUCGGCGACAACAGAGUCGGCUACGACGGCCACUGGAGCGGCAGCAGUAAUAAGCAGCACUACUCCCGCUACAACAACAACUGCAACAAUAGCAACAGCAACGAGCACGCAAGCUAGCACUACAACAACAACUAGAGUCAGCACAGUGCAACAAGCAACAAGCACUGUGGCGGCAACAACAACAGCACCGGCACCGGCGGCAGCAGCAGCAGCAGCAAUAGUUGUUGGUGGAACAUCGGCAACAGCAACGACAGCAACACCAACAACUGCUGUAGCGUCGACAAACACCACGCUGGCUGACAGCCUGGACACAAACCUGAAAGCACUUCCAGCCAGCAGCAGCAACAACAACAGCUCGAACGGCGAAAACUUAAAGCUCAUUGCCUCGGUGGGCUACAUUGAGCGGCCUUUGGUGGCCAAUGUGGCCAAAACGAAGCCGCUGGUCACCUACAAGGCGGACGGACUGCAGCCCCUGGCCGAAAACGAUCCCAGCAAGGUGAACAUCAAGCGGGAAUACACUACCGAGGGCAUGCUGACCGAGUCCAGCACCAAAGCUUUCGACAAUGGAGCAGCCGUUGGCUUGGCAGAGGAAGCAGCCUUCGUACAGACUGGCUUCGGCGAGGCAUUGCUAGACAGCACACAGACAGAGUUGGAGCCGGAUACGGCUGGCAGUGACAAUAUCUAUCACAUUAUAAGCACCACAGCGGGACCAGCCAGCAGUGGCAGCACAGAGCGGCAGCUGAGCACAGAUGCGCCAACAACGGCAGCCACAGCAACCACUGUUGGCAGCACGACUAGAUUGGAGCUGAGCACAGAUGCACCAGCCAGUAGAGUGGAAGUAUCCACCAGUCCGGCCAUGCCACUGCAUCUGGAUGUGGAGGAUGAGGUGCCACAGGUUGAAUCGAAUCCCGCCUAUCCCUCACUGCCGGGCGACGACUUCAGUCUGCGCGAUGUGAACUUUCCGCUGGUGGAGCUCGAAGACAUAGCCGAGGCCGACACCAAGGAUGAGCCGCGCACCAUUAUCGGUGCCUUCGAGCUGCCCAAACACAACAAGAGGCUGCCAGAGAGCACACUCGAUGGCAGCGGCGCCGGCAGUGGCGGAGGCAGCGGCGACAUGGAACUCUAUAGCUCCACUACCAUGAGCAGCCUCACAGCCGCUGCCAGCUCCAUGCAGACCAAAUUUGUGGCCAUUGUGCCGCUGAUGUACAGUGCGGAAGAUAGCAGCGUGGAGGUGCAGCGCCUGCAGAAUGCGAGCGAUGCGCAGCUGCUGGACAAGAUUAGUCGCAAGACUGGCGAUAAUGAGACCAGUGGCGAGGUCUCCCUAGAACCGGAAUCCUUGGAAGCGCUGCUGGGCAGUGGCAGUGGCAGUGGAGAGCUGGCCAACUCCGGCUCUUCCACGCAACGCCAACGCGAGCCAACCACGCCGGGACCCGCACACGCCACCUCGCUGGACAUUGAUGAGCUGGGCUCGGGCGGUGGUGGUGGUGGUGGUGCCAUCGGUGCCGAUCCCAAGGCAGAUGCAGAGAGCGUGAAAUUGGAUGAGAGUCAGGAACAUGGCGACAAUGUGGCCAAGACAAAUACCGCUGACAAGGCCACGACGAGAGCUGAAAAGAGUUUCGUCGAGCGAACGGGCACUCGCCUCGAACGCCUCUACCUACAGCGAGUCUACUGAGCGGCCCCAACUCCAACUCCAAUAGCUCCAACAACAAUAUAGUAAUGAUAACCACAACAACAAAAUGGUGUACAUAUAUACUACAUAUACAAUACUUUUGCCACUUUAACUGUGGGAUCAAACGUCUAUAUCCCAGCAGCGAAGUGGACGAAAAGUCCAAAAGUUAAGCUAAGUAGUGAGAAAAGUAAAGGCAUUGAACAUUCUUUCAAUAAGUAGACUGCAGACAUAAAUCUAUCUAUCUAUAAUGUAUGUGGAAAUCGCAUCUAUUAAGCUAAAACCGAAAUUAUAUUAUUAUGAUUAUGUAAACUAAUUUAAAUGUUGCAAAGUUUCCAAAAAAAAAAAAGAAGAGAGCAGCCAGUUCCCCGUUCUAUUUCUAUUCAAGUCUUGAUUGGAAUUUAUUUAACUUUCAAAUUCGAUCUAAAUUACUUGUAACACCAAAAAAUAGUGUUAAAACAGUUAGUUUCGAAAUGGACGUCUUUGCUUCUACAAUUUAAUUAGUUCGAAUUUAAACAAAAAUUAAAUAAAUUAAAUUACAAUGAGAAGAAUUUCAAAAAGCUGGGCUCCCAAAUUGCAAUAAUCCAUUAUUUAUUGCGCUAUACUUACAAAAUAUAUAUUGGCUUACUCGUAGUUAUAUUUUAUUUAUUUGCAUAAUUUAUAAUUGAAACACGUCCUCAUUUCACGCCCACGCAACAUUUCACACAUGUCAUUUAAUUUUUUUCAUUUUGUGCUCGUGUUAUAAACUAUAAUUUUAUUUAAUAUUUAAUUUACUGCAUAAAACGAAAACAAAAUAAAUGAAAGCAUGAUGAGAAUAUUUAAAACGCAACUUAGUGAUGGUUUUUGAAUGCAAAUCA